AUGGAAAGAAUUGAGAAGAAAUUUCCUUCGCAUGGUGAACGGGUGAAGGUCUCCGCCGCCGGCCUCGUCGACCUCCAGUGCGACGCGAUGCGGGACAUGGUCGUCAACCAGAGCGCGGGCCACUGCCAGUCGAACCGCGCCAAGAAGUUCGCCAUGGAGGUGGUGAACCGGGGCGGUGGCACCAUGUCGGGGAUCCACCUCAUGUGCGGGUACAGCUUCCGCACCGUCUGGCCCGUCAGCCCCGACGUCAUCGCCGAGGUCGCUCACGGCGACUGCCUCCUCGUUGGUGGCGGCUCCGUCGCGCCCGGGGGCACCGUCUCCUUCAACUACACCAGCUACGUCAGAUACGACAAGACCCUACUCGCUGCCACCUGCGAUGGCGGCGGCGGUGGCAGUUCCUGA